AUGGGGCUUUUCCCGUUCCUCGCGCGUGGUUCGGGGAAGGUUGUCCACGCGAAAGUAACUACUAUGGAUGCUGACCUGGAUCGAAUUGUUAUAGAAACAAGCUGGACAGGUCGUCAUCUGUUCGAUGCAGUUUGUCGUAUUAUUGGCCUCCGUGAGGUCUGGUUUUUUGGUCUGCAAUUCACCAAUAAGAAGGGGUUGCCCUGCUGGCUACAAAUGGACAGGGAGAUUCGUAAACAAGAUGUACCUAGAGGAGAGGACGGAUGCAUGCAGUUUCUAUUCUUAGUAAAGUUCUAUCCAGAAGAUGUCGAAGACGAACUCAUUCAGGAUCUCACAAGGCAUCUGUUCUUUUUACAAAUAAAACAAGCCAUUUUAUCCAUGGAUCUUUACUGUUCUCCGGAGGCAUCCGUACUCCUUGCGAGCUUUGCCGUACAAGCUAUUAAUGGUGACUGUACAGACGAUAUAGGACCGUUAGAUUUGGAUAAAUUGUUGCCGAAAAGCGUCAUUGAACAGUACGACAUGAGUGCUGAUAUGUGGCGCGAGCGGAUAAAGCGGUGGUGGAUCAAUAAUCAUGGACAGACGAGGGAAGACGCUGAAAUGGAGUAUCUUCGUGUCGCUCAAGAUCUCGAGAUGUAUGGAAUCCUCUACUAUCCAAUUUGCAAUAAAAAAGAAACAGAUCUGCAUCUUGGUAUCUCAGCUCAAGGUCUUGGAAUUUACAAAGGUUCAAAUCGUAUUACUCCAAGGCCGUUCUUUUCUUGGAGCGAAAUUAAAAACAUCUCUUUUAAGAAUAAAAAGUUUCACAUGAAAACGGUGGACAAGUCGACUAUAUCAUUUCGUGCUCAAGAAAGGACAAUAAAUCCAUCGAUUCUUGACCUAUGUAUAGGGACGCACAACUUGUAUCUGAGGAGGCGGCAGCCAGACACAUUAGAGGUGCAGCAAAUGAAAGCGCUUGCGAAAGAGGAUCGAGCCCGGAGACAGCAAGAAGCUGCUCGAUUAGCACGAGAACGUGAGGAGCGGAUCCAAGUAGAAAAUGAGCGAAAUCAGCUGAAAGCAGAAAUCGAGAAAAUCGCAGAGCAAUUGGCACAGGCUAAGGAAGCGGCUCGAAAAACAGAAGAGACAGCCGAGUUGUUGGCGGAAAAAGCUCGAGCAAGUGAGCAGGAGACAUUGUUGUUGACAAAAAGGGUCAGUGAAGCGGAGGCGGAAUGUCAUAGGUUGCAGAUGAACCAUGUCAAGUCAGAGGAAGCUCUUAUGAGAAUGGAGAGGAAAGCACGGGAAGCGGAGCUCUAUGCGCAAAGGAUAUCAAUGUCUCUUGCCGAUGUCAAUUCCAAACCUCAUUACGCGAGUCACGCUCUUAUCACCGAGCCUACGAUGUGGCCUAUAUCAAAUCUGGCGUUGCAAGGAACACUCUCGCAUCAUCAGCUCAUGAUCUCUGGUGGAUCACAAGACGGUGAUCGAUCAACGAUCGCUGAAAGGCAACAGAUGCAUCAAGUGCAACAUCCAAGUGUUCCACCUCCCGCAGCACCGAUGUACAGGGGAUUGCCGCAGAAUAUGGCUCAGAUGAUGCAUGCCCCGCCUCCUCCUGAUCCGUCUGUGAAUCAACGGUUAGAGUUCCACAAUCUACGUAGCGAACUGGAAAAGUCGAGGCACGACUUUUCCGAGAAAGCACGAUUAUUCAAGGAACGACUUAACGAUUUUCGAAAUGAGAUAGAUGCAUUGAAGAGGGAGGACAGGCAAACAGAGCACGACGUGAUCCAUGCACACAAUGUGCACAAUGGUUUUGAUAAGUUUACUACUCUUAGAAUGAGUUCACGUGGUGCUCCAAAACAACGAGUUGAAGUGUUUGAAGGACUAUGA